AAUGGAGAUUAAUGCGGGAGAGAGAAGGGGAGGAAGUGUAGCAGGGAGCAAGAGGUUCUGGGCAGGAGCGCCCGCGGCCCCGAGGUGUAUGAACCGGAACGGAAGGGCAGCCACGCGUCUCUCCACCUCGGCACACGCACGCCCCUCGUUACCGCCUGUCCAGGCCCGCCCUGGCAAGACAGACACCUGAACAUUUGUGGAACUUCAGCCGUAGUCUCUCACUACACACAUCCUGUCUGUCACGCGCCUUGAGUAGCGGACUUCUUCCCUUGAUUCUUCCGAGAUGCCGGAAGCAACGAUGCUGGUGUUGGACAACUCGGAGUACAUGAGAAACGGUGACUUCAUCCCUACUCGAUGGGGCGCACAAACCGAUGCAACAACGAUCAUCUUCGACGCAAAGACACAGUCCAAUCCAGAGAACAUGGUAGGCGUGAUGACCAUGGCUGGCAAAAGUCCACGAGUGCUUUCGACGUUUUCGACCGAUAUCGGCAAGCUGCUGCAGUCUAUGCAUGCAAGCCAGAUCUGUGGCGAUUCAGACGUCUCAACGGGCAUCAACAUUGCUCAGCUCGCCCUCAAACACAGGCAAAACAAGGUCCACACGCAGAGGAUUGUUGUUUUCGUUGGCUCGCCUGUCAAGAAUACAGAGGAUGAUUUGACGGCCUUGGGAAAGCGGCUGAAGAAGAAUAACGUCGCCUUGGAUGUCGUCAAUUUCGGAGAGGACGCGGAGAAUGAGGCGAAGCUGCAAAAGCUCGUAGAUGGCGCAAAUAGCGGCGAGAACAGCCAUCUCGUAACUGUAGCGGCUGGAACGGCUUUGCUCUCUGAUGUUCUCAUCUCCUCUCCUAUUCUUCAAGACGGCGGCGAGACAGGUGCAGGGCCCUCUGCUGGCCAUGGAGGCCAGAGCUUCGAAUUCGGAGUGGACCCGGGUAUGGAUCCUGAAUUGGCCAUGGCUCUCCGUAUGUCAUUGGAAGAAGAACAAGCUAGACAGAGGGCCGCUGAGGGAGACAGCGCAAGCGCUGACCGCGGACACGCGUCGAGGCCGGAAGCUACCGAAGGACAAAAGAAUGCGUCGGAAGACGCGAUGCUCAAGCAAGCUUUGGCUCUAUCCCAAGGGCGGUCCGUAGAUGAGGACGUACAAAUGAACGAGGAGAUGACAGAGGAGGAGGCCAUUGCUAGGGCCAUAGAGAUGAGCCUACAAGAUGAAGAGAACGGGCAAGGAUAG